CAAGAUCAUCAACACAGGUCAGGUUCCUCAUGUGUUUUCUGAAUGCUGGAAGGCUAAGGAGGAGCCUAAUAGGGGCUCGUCUGUGUUUGUUUAUGGUUUAUGCUAGCUAAAUGUUUCCAACAGAUGAUAGAUAGUAUGCAAGGUUGUAACAAGUAAUAAUAUGUUGUCGUGCACACGCUUAAAGAUUCUUUUUAGGACAUUAUACAUUGAAAAACUUAAUUACAAAUAUCAAAAUUCGACAGCUCGGUUGUUGACUGUUUCUAGGGCUAGGCCUAUCCCUCAUCAUCACGGCGUAGCCAGGCCUCUUACUUGCAGCUCUGUUUCGAUGGUUCCAGGUGGCGGGAUAGAGGAAGUAGAUGAAUUUAUUAAUACGAGAUCAUUCAUUGUUUCCCCAAAGUAUCGUUUAAACUUGAUAAGAAAAAAGUAUGCAAAGGAAGGUGCUUCGUCGGGAGUAGAUCCUGGGUUAAUGUGGCCGUCAAAAGAAGAGUUGGAGGCCCAGAUUGCCGAAGAAAAGGAAUUUGAACCUAGCCUACAAGAAAUGCAAAAUGAGCUGCUCCUUGAAAAACAAAAACGAGAGCUUGAAGAAACUAAAAAAGCAAAAAUCAUUGAAACUAACAUGAAAAAGAUGCCGAAAUUAAUUGCUGAAUAUAAGAAGAAGGAGGCAGAGAAAUUGGCGCAAGAAGAAGCAUCAAAAUUGAAAAGGCAAAGGUUGCUUGAGGAAGCUAAAGAAAAAAUGGGCUAUGCAAUCGAUCCAAGAAAUCCUAGGUUUCAAAAGAUGUUAGCGGAUAUUGAGAAAGAAGAGAAAAAGAAGAAGAAGGAGCUGAAAAGACAAGGAAUUAUUGUUGACUGAUAUUUUGUGUUUUAUUUUUUGGCUGCAUGAUAAGGACUCCUCUCAAAUGGAAAACAAUAAUUUGAUUGAUUGAAUGAAUAACUGAAUUUCAUUAAAUGUAUCCAUGUAAAAAGUAAGGGACUGGCUAUACGUACAGCGGCUGUGUAUACAAUAAAAGUGAUUUUGUUAUAUGCACAGCGACAAGCAACCAAUUGCAGCACACCAAAAUAUCACAUGAUUAAAAAAGCUCGCUUUUUAAAAAGAAUCAAUUUUGCGGUCUUUUGUUCGUGAUUCUUUGUCCAAAAAUUAAAAUAACAAUCAAUUAUGAUAAGUAACCUUCAUUAAACUUUCUCAAUUACAAACCUCCAAAUAAAAGUAAAAGUUAUUCAGAACCAUUAAAAUAGUUUAUGUUGUGACUUCAUUUAUUAUUUGGGGGUAAGCAACUUCAACUUUUAUUAUGUUUUUUUUUUGGCAAUAAAAAAUAAUAAUUAUUA